UCUGCUGGUCUUGAGAAACGUAGGAAGGGAAAAUUAAAUUAUUCUAUCAGGAAAUUAAAUAGAAUUAAGCAUUGUGUACUUUGAACAUUAACAGAUAGUGACUGUUUUGCACGGAAAAUUCGGCAUUCAGUCAUUGCUGGCUUAUAAGAAGGUUAUUUCCUCUAAAGUUGUUUUUUUAUAAGCAAUACAUUGAACCAUUUCUUAUCCGCGGUAUUACAUUAUUUUAACUGUAUAUAAAAAAUGUGUAAGUUUAUUAUACUUUCUGUUUUUGUUGGUUUUAUUUUUAAAACAGCUGAUCUUCAAGAAGUCGUCAGUUCCGAUUCCAGUUCAUCUUUGAGUUCAAACACUGAAAAUAUUGGUGGAGAACAUUGCAGGAUAUCAAAACAAGCUAGUCCACAAGAGAAAUCAGUGGUGUGCUAUUUUCCAAACUGGACAUGGGAUCGAAGUGGCUUAGCAAAGUUUACUCCGGAAAAUAUAAACGCUUCACUCUGUACUCACAUCAUCUAUGCUUUUGCUUCGCUGGACAAUUCAACUUUGACCAUUGUGCCUUCUAAACCCCAGGCGGAUAUACAAAACAAACUCUAUGAGUUAGUGACUGCACUCAAGGAUUAUGGGCUGAAGGUACUGAUUGGUAUUGGAGGAUGGAACAACUCCGCAGGCAACAAAUGGAGUAGACUUCUCAGUAACUCCACAGUCCGAACAGAUUUUAUCUCAUCUGUCAUCGCUUUCCUAGAGAAGUACAACUUUGAUGGUCUAGACAUGGAUUAUGAAUAUCCUGGUUGUCCUCAGGGCAAAAGAACAGAAGGUCUCCCUACUGACAAAGACAACUUCAAUAGUCUGUUAGCUGAACUGAAAACUACCUUCGAUGGAAAAUAUUUGCUCACAGCUGCAACUUCUUGUAGCAAAAUAACCAUUGAUAGAUGUUACAACAUGACAGAACUGUGUCGGCUAGUGGAUUGGGUGAACGUUAUGUCAUACCAUUACCACAGCUACAGAAAUGGUGAGACAGGCGCAAAAGCACCUCUUUAUGGCACCAAGUCCUCCUGGGGAGUGAUUGACACAGUCAAGUAUUAUAUUGACGAGCUGCAAUGCCCUUCACACAAGAUCGUGUUGGGGAUUCCGUUCUAUGGUCACACGUACACCAUGGUUGACACUUCGCCGGCACAGUUUGGUGUGCCAGUUUCUGGUCCUGGCACGGUCGGCACCUACACCAAAAGCACUGGCAUUCAAACCUACUACGAGAUUUGUCUACUGAUAAAAUAUGGCUAUAGCUCAGGCCAUAGUCAAGUGAAUGGCAGUUAUGCUUGGAAUGGUACUCAAUUCAUCAGUUACGAUGGUCCGAUCGACAUCAUCAGGAAAUCUCGUUUAAUAAUGGACUAUGAACUGAAAGGCGCAAUGUUGUGGAAUUUGGCCUACGAUGACUUCAACAACACCUGUGGCGGCGGGAGGUAUCCUCUGUUGACUACGUUGAACCAGCAGUUGAGAUUUUGCAACUCGUCAGGAGUUGCUUGUUAGUAAUUAUCAGCUAAUUAUCCAUAGAUGCAAACAUUCUUGACGGAUUACAUCUUCUUGAGAUGGCCACAUCUACUUGGUGACUAGAACAGAACCAACCCUAACCUUGUCCAGAUUCUACUCACAACGGAGAACAUGGCCAAGUAGAAACUUUUAUAGGUUAGGUUGCUAAUAGAAUCAAUAAACUAUGUAAACUGUUUUGGUAAUUUAAUUUCUGAGUUUGCGAUUUUGUACCUAUGUUUUUUUAACCAAAUUAGCCAAUAAAACAUAGUAUCAAAUGACAUACAAAAUGUAAUGAAAGUCUACAGAUUAAUCACACCACAACAUUGUACUAUACAACAUUUGAUCUACGGUACAACUGUUGUUAAGGCUAUGAAACAGGCUUAUAAACUGUUUUGUACAUUUCUAAUCAAACUCAAUUUUAAGUCAAAAAACAUAUUAUGGUGACAAUAAACAGAAGAAUAUUCUAAAUCACUAGACUUAAAGUAACAUCAAAUACAGGAAUUUUAAGACUCCUACACAAAUUUAAUAUGUACAAAUGCUAAAAAUAUUGUACACAAAUUUCAACUCAAUAUAACUACGGAUAUAUUGGUUCUCAUUACACUGUCUGUACAUAAAAAGUGUUUACAAGAAACCAAAACCGGUUUCUUGUAAACACUUUUCACACUCAACAUUUGUUUUGAUUAUCUUAAAGUUUGUAAAUGUGCUUUGAUCACAACCAUUAGGCAUGAAGCCUUCCUGGUGGCAUUUACAAAUUAUCAGGCUCAAACUGUUUGACUUUAUUUUUACUCAUAUUUAUGAUAUUCGAAUAAUUAAAUGUAAGAAUCCAAAUCACAACAACUCUGAUCUGAUUCAUAGCUUCUACCAAGCCACUAUUUACAAAUUAAAUUCUUUUCCUUGAUCGAAUAAAUUUUUUAACGUUUUGACACACAAGCUUUUGUGCAGAUAAUUCUGUAUAGUGCAGUUGUAAGAAGUGUAAUGUACACAACCACAGUGAUAUACACUAUAUUACAUUAAAGACAUGAGCAUUGACCAUUUUUAAUUCACAUCAACUACCUUAUGGCUAUUUCAAAGCAAAGUUGAGUAAACUGUUACAACAGACUAACAAUGGUCCUGUUAAGUUCAUUUAACUUAAAUUCAGUGCUGCAAUUUACUGAUAAAAAUAUUCACAACUGUAAUGUUAGUAAAAAAAAGUAAGCAUGUUAUGUAUUCCACAAUACCCAAAAGGAUUUGUGAGAGCUGGAGCAAACAAAUCCAAUUGGUUUUUGCAGAAGCCUCAAACUUGAUGGGAAAAUACAAUUAA